UGAUCCGUGUGAGAUCUACAGCUUGAGACAAAAAAUAUUGGACACUGCAGAACACUGGAUAAUUUCUUUUUCUAUUACCCCCAAAACCAAACACUUGGAAGACGAAGCGAUUCGGCUUAUCAGAUCGGCUCAGAGUUGUUUUCCGGCGAUCGGACUCCAAUUAUCAGUUUGUUUGUUGGCUUUGCUUCAGCAAUCCUGAUGUUCCGAACGCGCAAUGCCAUAGUUGCCACUGGCUUGGUAGCUUUUGCAGCUGUAGGCUUAGCAUUUCCCUUUUACAUGGCGUCCAAGUCAUCAAGGAUGAAGCCUGUGAUUGACUCUUCAAAGCCACUACCACCUCAGGCAACUUUCCGAGGGCCUUACAUCAACACUGGUUCACGUGACGUUGGGCCUGACUAUCGAACUCACCCUAAGAAAUAAUUUUUUUAGUGACCAUCGGACUUACCAUUGAAAGAAUUUGCUAAGAUGCUUUAGUUGAUUUUUGAUUAGUUGAUGUGGAGAUGGAUGAAUAACUUGGAAGAAGGAAAUGUUCAUGCAUUCAUGCAAAUCAGAGAUUGGAUUGUAGCGAAAAUUAUUUCUAUGGAAUUGCUUAUUCUGGGUUCUAAGAGACCUCUUGUAGAGUCAGUGAAGAAAAUCUUUUGUAUUUAAUAUGAAAUGAACUUGACUGCAUACGCCUACUUUAGUUUUGGGAAAUGGAUGUACAAUCAUUAGCAGCAUUUCCUUCAUUAUAUAGAACCUUCAAUUGUGCCAUACAGCAUGUGAUUUCCCAAAACAGGUGAACUGUAUUGUACGGUUUGGUUUGUGGUUCAAAUUUGAAUCCAUUUCAGACCAUUUAGAUAUAUAUAUAUAUAUAUAUGUAUAUUGUUGUUUAUGAUA